AUGAGCAGCAGCGCGAUCGUCCUGCCCACGUACCCGUCACGGGACGUGCAGAAUGUCGAGAAUCACCGCUGCAUCGCUGCCAUUGCCGAGCUUGCGGAAAAUGGCCUGACCAUCGCCGACAACUUCGUGACGUACACGGAAGGCCGCCUGUCAUCGCUGGCGCUCAACGGCGAGCGCAUUUUGGAAGCCGCCGCGAAGCUGCAUGAGCGCUACCGUCACGAGCGCCCUGCUGGCUGGGAUGAGGCGCGCUUCAUGGGGGAGUGCGAACAGCGCGUGACACCGGAGGAGAUCGAGGACCUGUGCACGCUUCCGGCACUGGACGCAAACGCCUUCGCAAACGCCCUGUGCCAGCUGACCAACAAGGAUCUGCCGCGGGGUCGCUACCUCGUGGUGAAGGACAGCCUGAGCGUCAUCAAGCCGCACGUCCCAAAAACCUCCGUCAUCGAUCUUUCCGAGACGCUGGCGGCGCUGCAUGACAUCCAGCAUGUUGACCCCACCGCGGAGAUCAAGGAUGAGCUGUCAGAGAUGGAUGAGCAGCAACACAAGUACGUGACCAAGGUGGACGAGGCCCAGGCCGUCUACGACACCGCCCUCAGCCACGGCGACGUCGUCGAGGUGGAGCGGGCCCACCGCCACCUCAUCGCGGCUCGCUACGAGUACCUCGUCUCCUACGUGAAGCGCCUCCACUUUCUCAGCUCCACAGAGGAGGACAGCGAAGUGGUGCACUUUGCUGACCGCCUGCAGAAGCUGCGCGAGGACGCCGAUGAUGCCGUGAAGGCCUUCAGCGACCACAAGCAUGCCAUCAAGUCUGCAGUAAGGGCGGACCUGGAGAGGUGCCAAGAGUCGCGUGCGCGCGAGGCCGCCACGCACGAGGCGGCGAAGACCGCCUUCCAGAAUCAGAAGAGGAAGAUGGAGGCAUCGCUCGGCUCCGUUGUGGAGCACAAGGUCCAGUUAGUGAACGAAAUACUAGAGAAGGCGGCGGAGCUGCGGAGGGUGAUGGAGCAGCAGCGGGUCAUGACGCAGGACGUGGUCGAGGCCGUCAAGGAAGAGGCGAAGCGCGUGACGGCGUACGAGGAGUUCGUCACUAUAGGGGACCAGCACCUGCAGCGACUGCGGCGGUGCCUUGAGUACUGCAAUGGAUGCGAGCCUGUAAUACGUGAGAUGGAGAAGUACGUGAAGACCAUGGUGGAAAAGCUGCCCCACGAGGACGCGGAGAAGGCUCUCAACGCCAUUAUUGACCACGAGUCUGACGAGCUCCUCAAGGUCUACCGCGCGUUUGUGUUCGUGUGUGGAGAGCUCACGGUGAAGAAGACGCACCGCCUCGACACGUUGGAGCGCCAGGCCCGGCUUGCGCAACAUAACCGAGACAGCUCCAUGGACAGUCUCGACCCCAACUUCAAGCACUACUGCGAGGAGGUGGCGGAGAUGCUGGCCCAGGCGCAGGCGGUGGAGGGGGUCAUUAACGCCCUGCACGCCACACAGGACGCCGGUGAGCAGGUGUUCGAGUCUGUCGAGGAGCUAGUGUUGGCCUCGUGCGAGCGCACCGAGAAGCCGUUUGUGCACCCCCUGCAGGAGCUCGGCUACGAGUCCGUCGCGGCCCGCACCCGCUUCGUGAAUCGCUCGAUGAAGUACGUCGAAGGUGAAGAGCACGAGAUCUUCCAGAAGAAGGCACGCAUCGCGGAGGCCAAAGCUCUCGUGGAGCAGGAGCAGGAGGCGCUGGUACGCGGUGUCAGCGCGGCCGCCAUCGCCGCUCCUGCGGCGGUUUCACUAAACGCGGCGGACGGCGCCGUCCCUGCGCCAGCGCAGAUCGAGGCGUAA